AUCUGCAUAAAAUUUUACGUCAAUCUAUCGAGCCAUCAACAGUAUAACACAGAUUCAUUCGAAAUUCCGAACACAAACAAUGACAAGUCCAGUCAGAUCAUCAUCCGGGGCGGGGAAACGACGACGAUCAUCAACGGCCGAUCGAAGUUUAUGCGCCAUCUGCCUGGAGUCCCCCUCCAAGGAUUCGGUUCAUCUGGCCUGUGCCCAUGAAUUCCACAAGCGCUGUAUCGACGCAUGGCUCGAAAGGCAACCCGUCUGUCCCGUUUGUCGGAACCAAGAACAGGACCAGGAUGAGGAUGACACCGAAACAGAUGAAACCAUCGAUGACGAAUCAGAAAUGUCCUCGGAAUACCUAGACAACAGUGGCGAUUCAUCAUCGAACGUCUCGCAUGAGUUUGUAUGGGACCCCACUCUUCAAGAUCAUCCUCAUGAGUAUCAGGUACUGAGGAUCGAAAGACUAGACGACAGUGAUGAAAUUCCGUGGGAUGUAUCAGGUGAAUCAAAUGAAUCGAAUGGAGUGGAAGGCAGCAGUAGAUCUUCGGCUGAAAUUUAUCGGGACAGUUUCGAGAGCACUGAUAGUGCCUUUUAAAUUUGCGGGGUGUAUUUUGAUAUUCUGUUAAAUUUUUGUUGUUUACCUUUUGUGUGUUGUAGUUUGAUUGAAAAUGUUU